GAGAGAAUUCCCCUGCCCCUCUCCUUCUCUCCUCCCAUCACUUAACAAUACAGAGGAGAAACCUGAAAGAGAAUGGGACCAAUGUCUGGACACAGGUCAUUUGUCUGACACUGGGAACAACUUCAGAUCUUGUGCGUCCCCGUGACUUCCUCUGAGGUUCACAGAGAUGAGCGAGGAGGUGGGUCCACUGCAAAGAGACCAUUUGCUGUGCGUGGUUCUGCCAGGUGGGCUGGAGAAGAGUGUCACAGUGCAUGGAAGUAAACCACUGAUGGACUUUAUAGUGACUUUCUGUGCAAGUAACCAUCUGAAUCCUUCAGACUAUACUGUUGAUAUUCUAUCUCCCAACAAGAGCAACAUAAGUUUCAAACCAAACUCUACUAUUGGCUCGGUAGAAGCUGAGAAGAUUGUGCUGAAGCCCAAAGGGAUGGAGGAAAAGCUCAAGGGGCCAUACGUGCCUGAGGCAACAAUACGUCUGUUGAUCAACUACAAUAAAUCCCAUAAGACUGUGGUGCGAGUCGAUCCCAAACUGCCGCUGCAGAUGCUGCUGCCGUUGGUGUGUGACAAGUGUGAGUUUAAAGUAGAAACAACCAUAUUACUGAAAGACUCUCAGUCCAAAGAGCUGCUGGACCUGACUAAGAGCUUAAAUGACCACGGACUCAGGGAAGUGUUUGCCAAAGACACAGGGGGUAAAGACCUCACUGACCAUCAUCAGCCCAAGACAGCAGAAACAGAAGUCAUCUCACUUCCACUGCAAGACCUGCCAAAAAAGGAGAAGAAAUGGAAGGAAAAGAAAGGAUUCUUCAGCUUAUUUAGAAGAAGGAAGAAGAAACACGAAAUGCAGGGCGCAGUAAGUGCUCCUGCUUCUCCAGGACCCAGGAAACAAGCGGUACUCCGUAUGAAUUCGGAGAGCAUUUCAUCUUCCAACACCUUGCCUAUAGAAAAGCCCAAGAAGAGGCAAGCCCCCCCGCCACCAGUUGCUGUUUCUCAGAGUGUCAGUAACUUCAGCACCUGCAAUUUAGGAGGAGCACAGAGCUCUGAAGGAUCUACCUUAAGAAGUACCAAGAGGAGGGCCCCACCACCUCCCUGUGCAAACACACUCCAGGAGCUGCUGACAGAUACUAAAGACUCUGUGCCAUCCCAAGGAGAAACUGUCAAGUCCCUGAACACUCCGGAGGAACUAAAAGAAAGUGAUGAGUCAGAGUGUGUAAACAGAUCACCAUCUUCACUGGCACGCCCUUUACAGCCAAAGUCAGGAUCAUCCUCCUUACAGCAAUCACUGGCUCAUCUCCACGAAGUGGCUGAUCCCUAUCUGCCUAUGUUACGAGGCAAAGACUUCUCCAGCGCCCGCUGCAACCUUGCCAAAGUCCUGAUGUCUUCUGUUUCUAGAGAAACACUGGUCAGACGUUUGAAGAACUCUGCCACUUUCCCCAAAUUUCAAAAUGGCUCCUCCUUUACCCCCAUGACCCCAAGGUGUCCAAAUAGUGAAGUUUUCUGCACAGAUGUUGAAUCCGCUUUCAAAUCUAACCUUCCAACUGAGAGUGAAUGGGAGUAUCCAGCUGAGAAGAGGGGGAUGACCACAUUUAAAGUUAUCCCUCUGAAGAAAACACAAGAUCUUACCGGAGAUCUUCCAGACCAGUGCUGUAUAUCACCUAAAGAUACCCCAGAGAGCAAAACGUCUCAUGAGGUUGGGAAUAAUCAAGUAGAUACUGAUGAGAAACGAUAUUCACCAGACACAUCGGGGAGUGAAGACCCUGCACCCAGUCCGGAUACCUCCUCUCAGCAGAUUCAGCUUCCUGACAACCUGGCUUCUCCUCCACUUUUGCAUGAUUUAACUGAUCAGAACUUACCCAGUCCACCUCUGUCGGAGGCUAGGGACACCUCUGAAAAGGAGAGGGAAGAGGUGGGCUAUGAGGUCUCAUCAGAGGUGAUUUCAGGGUGCAGUUAUGGAGAGGUUCAUACUGAAGAUCACAUCCACUCAGAACCUCAGAAGGAAUUUGUCGAUAAUUCCAGCGCAGACACGUGCGCCGAUGAGACGAAAGCUGAGGAGGAAGUGGUGCAAGAAGAAGAGGAGAAGGAGGGCAGUUUCCCUCCACCUCCUCCACCUGUCUUUUUCAAUGAAGACAUAGCGAUAAUGGAGAAUGAAAGAGAGGAUACUACAUCCCCCUCUUUGCUGUCCUCCCAAAUAUCAAGCCCUACAGUUGCCCUGAAUGGGCAAAUUAAUGUAUUCAGGGAGACCCUUCAAGACGAGCCUACUUCACCUAGGCCUGAACAGAACAGUCUGGAAAAGAAGAGUGCAGCCCCUUCCAGAUUUGCUCAGGCAGUAGCAAUAGCUGUCCAGAGAUCUCAAUGCAGUAAAGGUCCUCAACUUUCCAGUGGUGCACAUGGUUUGCUUCCAUCACCACCUCGGUCCACAUAUCAGUAUGGUGCCUGACCUGCUUCCUCUCAGAUGUUUGAAUGAAAGUCCUGGUCCACAGUUGGGCCUGACUGUGGACACCAGACUGAAUAAUUUCUAAGAACAUCAUCAGUUUUUAUUCUUUUCUUUUUAAGGUUUGUGCUCACUGUCAAAUGUCUGAUUUUUGUUACAAAAUGAUUUAUAUACAUGUUGAGCAUAAACAUUUUCUGUUAUGAAGAAGGCCAAAUUCAUAGGACAUGAGGGAAAAUGUCCUGUGUGGGGUUUUUUUUUGUUUGUUUGUUUGUUUUUUUUAAACCAUUUUCAUUCAGCAUGUGCCAACACAAACACAACUCUAUGCGAGAGCUUCUUUUUUUGUGUCUUUAAUUGCAAUUAUAGGCUUAUUUUCUGCAUGUUUGAAAUUUAUUUUCUCUUUCAGAAUGCCUGUUUGUAUGCUUCCAGAUAUCAAUAAUACUGUAAAAAAGAGCUGUCUCAUAUUCUGGUCUGGAUUUUAGUCACCAGGUGGCAGAAGAGCUUAGCUUUUAAAAUGCACGAGCCUGACACCAUCUCUUUUUAAGAUUUUUUUUUUCUUUUUUUUUAUAAAAUCGCUGCUUACAAAGACAAAAUAGACAAAAAGCAUUUUAUAUAUUUAACUGAAAUUAUAUGGAACAUUAUUCUAAUACUCAGUUGGGGUUUUUUGUUUUGUUUUGUUUUUUUUAGUGUCAGAGUUAUUUUCCCGUAGGCUAUUGCUGUUCAAAAAUCCAUACCCAUUCAGGGACAUGCCGUGAGUAAGAAAUACAUGUAAUAUUUAUUAGAGAUGAGAUAAUUUCUUGCAUUUCCAGAAAAAAGAAAAGGGAAAAAAAAAGAAUAUCUUUAGUGUAAGCCUGGGUUUUAUGCCAAGCAUUUCAGCACCUUCCUGAAUAAACUCAGUCCACUUUGCUCA